CUUUCUUUUCUUCCUUCUUUUUCCUCGCUUUCUCGCAUGAGUCCCUAGUCACCGGGACCAAGAGUAGGCCAACUACAAAUGAUAUUUCCACCAUUAUCACUACUACCACCACCAAUACCACCACUAAUAAUUGAUAUUUCGUGGCCCACGUAACCAUCCCAGGUGUUCCUCGGUUUCAAUGCAGAAAGGAGCUUGACCAAUUCUAGACAUCGCAUGUGGUUGGGGUUUCUUGCAGGAUGUGCGCUUACCACUACCACUAUCACUAUCACUAACACUACCACUACCACUACCACUGCCACUACUCCUACUCCUACUCCUACCGCGUCUACGUCCACGUCCACGUCCACAUCCCCUGGUCCUCGACCUUAUCUUCUCGCAUUGCUAGACUACCUAAAGAUAGACGGUCCAACAAGUUUCUGUUGUAAACUUCUCACGCGAGAGAGGAAAGGCCACAGGCGCAGGGCUAUAUAUCAAUCACAAUCCCAUCCAUCCCCAUUCCCAUCCCCAUCCCCAAUCCCAUCCAUAAAAUCGCCCUCCUACCAUACAACCCAUACUUCUCGCAACCGACUCCUCGGGACUGCAACUGUACCAUCUCGUCCCAUCCUUCAGUUUCGCACCUCCUCUUCCUGCAUUGGUCAGCGAGCAGUGUAACAAUCCUUCCCAAGAAAAAAGAAGAAUAAGAAGAAAAGAGAAGAAAAACUACCUCUCAAGCCGAGAGUCCUGCAUGUCGAAUAUGCGCCAC